AUGGCAGCACUCGCACAGCCAGACCCGUGGUGCGCGGCAUCGACAUCGCGCGCCCAUCCUCCCGCAUCUUCCUCGAGCGCAUACACGGCCUCUCUCCCGCCCUCGUACCGCCGGUCUAGCUUCCCCGUCUCGCCCGACACACAAUCGACGUCAGACUACCUCCCUCCCGGGCUCGGGCUCGCCCAAAGAGGGUGCGCAGACGACGACGACUUUGAGCGCGCGUCGAGCGUCCCGAGACCCGAGGACGUUCGGCUGCCGUACUCGAACGCGUCUGCGUUGGGCUUGCGAGGGAUGGGACGACUGAGGGAGGAAGUGGACGCGGCGAGCAGCAGUGCGGGGUCGUCGAGGAAGGGCUCGGGCAGCUCGUUCGGGUCUGUAACGGGAGGGACGCCGCUCUCGUCGCUCGCCAACUCGCUCGUCUCUGACUACUCGACCAACCCCACCGAAGCGCUGCUGGCUCAACGAAGAGCCGCAGGCGCGCUCGAGUACGGCAUGCGGAGCUUGAGCAUGAGCAGCGGGCUCGAUGACCGGCAGCGGAGGGAGCGGGCGGCCAAGCGCGGCGGGUGGGAAGACCCGGCUCUCGCGGCGGCACGACGAGCGUUGUGGGAAGACGUACCGGAAGACGUCGCGCAGGAGACGCAGGCGAACGACGGAGCUGGAGCUCCCGAGGUCUUUGUCGACUCGGACGAGAACGCCUCGAGCGAGAACGCCGAGGACGUCGACGCGGCUGAAGAGUGGAAGUUGCCCGUCCCGGCGCGCGAACCCUGCCACUUGACCCUCACCCCGCGCGCACCAUGCCUGCGCAACUCUCCCCUCUCUCGCGCCUCGCUCUCCCUCUCCUGCUCGACAACUUUCAUCUCGACCUCGUCCGUCUCGGAAGACCGCAACGGCCGCCUCUCGCCCUCUGCAGCCUCAACAGCUUCAACUUCCGCUCCGUCCGUCACCUUCGCGCGCGACCCACCCACGACUUGUCCGACCUACUCGAAAGAGGCGUACGAGCGAGGCGGCGACGCACCGGUGGAGAAGUUGUCGAUCAAGGAGUGGAUCGAGUUGCAGGGUGUGAGGGAGGCGGUGGGCGUUUGGAGUGGAAAGAUUGGAAAGUGGCAAGAGUGCGAGGAGGUCAGGAGCGAGGGCGGAGUCGAGUCGCGUAGCGAGCAGCGACGGAGGCGCAGUAGUGCGUGUGAGGCGCUUGCAGGGAAGGACGGAGGGGACGGGUCGUGCGAGAUCGCGACGGGCGCGAAGACACCUGCAGAGGGAGGAAACCAGGGAAGGACGCCUUGUCCGCUCGCGGCGGUCGUCGGCGUCGUCCAAGUCGCUCGCAGCGCACCAAACUCGCCUAUCGAACAGACUAGCCUAUCGCUCUCCUCGCCCUAG